AUGGCGGGCGCGGCGCCGGCCGGGGAGCCGGACGAGCUCUUCGACCUCCGCAACAACUUCUACAUCGGCGCCUACCAGGCCGCCAUCAAUGAGGCACAGCGGGCUAAGCCGGGCAGCCCCGAGAACGAGCUGGAGCGGGACGUGUUCCUGUUCCGAGCCUACAUCGCCCAGAGGAAGUUUGGAGUGGUGCUGGAUGAGAUCAAGGCCAGUGCCAGCCCCGAGCUGCAGGCUGUGAGGAUGUUUGCAGAAUUCCUGGCCAACGAGAGCCAGAGGGACUCCAUCGUGGCAGAGCUGGACAAGAAGAUGUCCAAGAGUGUGGAUGUGGCCAACUGCACCUUCCUGCUGAUGGCAGCUUCCAUCUACCUGCAUUCCCAGAACCCUGACGCUGCCCUGAGGGCCCUGCACCAGGGGGAGAGCCUGGAAUGCUUGGCCAUGAUGAUCCAGAUCCUGCUGAAACUCGACAGGCUCGACCUGGCCAGGAAGGAGCUGAAGAAAAUGCAGGAGCAGGAUGAGGACGCCACCCUGACCCAGCUGGCCACGGCCUGGGUGAACCUGGCCUUGGGUGGGGACAAGCUGCAGGACGCCUUCUACACGUUCCAGGAGCUGGCCGAGCGCUGCUCGCCCUCGCUGCCGCUGCUCAAUGGCCAGGCCGUGGCUGCCAUGGGCCAGGGCCGCUGGGACGAGGCCGAGGGGCUCCUGCACGAGGCCCUGGACAAGGACAGCAGCCACCCUGAGACGCUCCUGAACCUCGUGGUGCUGUCCCAGCACCUGGGCAAGGCCCCCGAGGUCACCAAUCGUUACCUGUCCCAGCUGAAAGAUGCUCACAAAAACCAUCCCUUCAUCAAGGAGUACCAGGCCAAGGAGAACGACUUUGACCGCCUGGCCCUGCAAUAUGCACCCAGUGCCUGAAUUCCUUCUGGGACACAAAAAUUCCCUCUGGGACAGGAAAAAAACACUCUGGGACACAAAAAAUUCCUUCUGGGACACCAAAAAAUUACUCUGGGACACAAAAAAUUCCCUGUGGGACAGGGAAAAUCCCCUCUGGGACCCAGAAAUUCCCUCUGGAACUCAAAACCUUCCCUCUGGAACACAAAAUUUCCCUCUGGAACA